AAAAAAAAAAAUCCGGUUCUAUAUAAAGGGUGCGUCAUGAGCAACAACACACACACACUAUUUAGUUCGUAAAAGCGGCGAUUUUUUGACAUCUUUGAAGGACCGCAUUUAGCAUUGAUAACAUUUUUUUUUUCUUUAACUUUGUUACGUGGCUUAUUUCUGUUUUGUCAGAAAAAAAAAAGAUGGAUGCUAUAUGGAAAGACUUGUCGGAUUGGCAAAAGGACAUUAACAAAAAGGAUGAAGCACUUUUAAGAAAUAAACCUGUCCAUAAUAAAACUUUACCAGCAAUACGUCAAACAACAGAACUUGUAUUGGAUAAUUUAAAACCUGUUGGUUUAGACUCCUUGAAAAAGUCAGCACCUGUGAAAAGCACCAGCAAUAAUAAGGUUACAGCUGAAGCGGAAAAGGCAAAGGGAAACGAAUACUUUGGAAAGAAGGAUUUUAAAAAUGCCAUUGUGUAUUAUGGAAAGGCAAUUGAUUUGGAUCCAACCGUACCUGUCUAUUUUGUGAACCGUGCCAUGGCCUAUCUCAAACUCAACAAGUUUUUGGAAGCAGAAAAGGAUUGUACGAGAGGUAUUCAAUUGGCACCAAGAAAUGUAAAGGCUUUUUGGCGACGUGGUAUUGCAUUAAGGGAACUCGGUCGAUUCAAUGAAGCUAAAAGAGAUUUUGAAAUGGGGUUAGCCAUUGAACCUAAUAAUAAGUCUAUUCUGGACGAAUUAAAGAAUUUACCCAAGAUAAAUCAACAAACCGGAAAAGAAAAACGCCGCUUAUCCAUCAACGUCAUUGAUGCUUCUUAUUCGGAACCCAAAUUAGUAGAUCAAGUUCCAUCUGUGCUUAAUACAAAACCCGUAAACAAAUCCGUAAAGUCUGCACCCAUUCAGAAAUCAAAAAUUGCAGAAUUACCAUCCAAGAUUAUCCACACGCCUUCUGCACCUACACAACCUACACAACCUGCACCCGCACCAGCAUCACUAGCACCGCCAGUAUUGAUGCAGGUACCAACAAAAAUUACAUCACCAUUGAAAUGUCCUCGUACCAACUUUGAGUUUGAAAGGGAUUGGAAGACCUACAAGAGUAGAGGCGAUGAUAUUUUAUACCAGUACUUGCAGUGCAUCCCACCAUCAUCUUAUGCUACCUUGUUUAAAACGUCGCUGGAAUCGGAUCAGUUUGAAAAAAUGGUUGACCUCAUGGUUGCACAAAAUAUGCCUCCAAAAGACGCUUUUGACGUCUUGGAAGGUUUAUCUCUAGUGAAACGUAUAGACAUGUUGGUCAUGUUCUUGAGCAAGCACCAUCAACAAGCUAUUAGUGGGUUGUUUGAGACAAUCAAGGCUAAUAACUCUGUUCCCACGGAUAAAUUGACAAAAGUUGCCAAGGUGUACGGUGUACGCAUCUAAGUAAUAAAUACAUGUGAAAACCUUAAUAUUAAUAUUCUGCAUGUUCUUUACAAAUGUUAAACCGGAUGAGUCACCGAAAAGAGCAGAGAGUACACCAUGGUCUAUAUUAGCAGCCAUUUUGUUUAUCGUCUUGUUUUUUCUAAAAAGAUCUGAAUCAAUCUAGAAAAAAAAACACUCGUACACAGAUCUCCUCCUUUAUCGACUUUACAAUCAAGAUUGACCGUCAUGCAUGUAAACAAUGACGAGCCUGUAAUCGAUCAAGCAGUUAUAUAAUGGGGC